GGAGGGUGGCGGAUUAGCGCAGCGUCGGUGACCAGUGUCCUUUGAUAACAACAACACGCGAGUGAUUGAGAGAAAAGCGUAAGGCAGACGCCUGUUUUCACCUGCUUGUCCUCGUCGGUCAGUGUCAGCGUCUCUCCGAGCUCCAGCCACUCAGUCCGGCGGUCAAGCAUGUCUUUGUCCGGGUCGCAGACACCAGAGGACGGGCUCUACGGCUCAUGGGUCGAGCUGGAGGACCUGAUAGCAGCCGUGAGUCGCAGGGAGAGUAUGACAGGACCACAGGACAGCAUCUCUUCAGCGCUGCAGGGGGAGCUGGAGAGGAUCCUUCUGGAGGCACAGCUCGAGUGUGAGAGGAGUCGAGACAGUCCUCCACAGGCGGUGACGCCACAGAACAGCGGUUCUCCCCGAGCCGCUAGUGAGCAGGACAGUGACUGUGUUGCCAUACAGGAGGAAGGUGACAGGCGAGUGGACACUGACUGGGUGUGGGAUUGGUCCAGUAGACCUGAAAAUAUGCCACCAAAAGAAUUUGUGUUUCAGCACCCCAAGCAGCCGAGCUCCCUUAGUGUCAGGAAGACAGAGGUGAUGAAGAGAGGAAUCUUCUCCUCCGAUGUCUUCCUCAUCCUUGUUCCCUCGCUGCUGGCUUCACACCUGCUCACACUGGGUGUUGGGAUCUACAUAGGAAAGCGAUUGGCCGCCUCCACUCCCAGCACACUGUGACCUGUGCUUUAGGGCAGUGCCCCCACUUCGCUAACAGCCCGGUCAUUAAGGUCACAGUCGCCCUCUCCACCGCACUAAUUUGCCCCCUUCUUUCCUCGUCACGGGGCAACCAUAGGACCCUGCCUUUCUGUACCUCUGUCUCUCUGUCUGUCCAUCCAGCAGCACUCAGUCUCUCUGUCUGUCUGUCGGUCUGUGCUUGUCUUAGUGCCCAGGGAGUGGAUGGAUGCUGGCCAGUGAGUCAGACUGAGGUCACUUUUACUCUCCCACAGAGUAACACUGAUCUCAGAGAGGAAAGAUUGUCGAGAUGCAAGAGGAAGGAGACAAAGAGAGUUUUUGCAAUAAUAAAUCUCUUUGUUAGGACGUGAUCAGACAUGGUUAGUUGGUGUAACUGGGUUUGUAUGGGGGAGUGAGAAAGAUGAUGCAUGGUAGUCUUUUUGCCCAAACUUUGAAAAAGCACAAUGUCUGUCUUUUGUCUAAAGUGACAUACCUCCAUAAGAAAGAGCUGCUAGGACUAAGGUUCUUGGGGUUGCUUGCCCUCAUGGUUUAUCCAAUGUAGCACAAAACUAUUAGAUGCCUGAAUGACCAUAGUAGUGGCACUUUAUGCUCUUCCAUGUAUGUCCCUAAAGCCACUUAAAUAUGUGAUCUCUGACACUGACAAACAUGACCCCAUUAAACUUCAUUCCUCAAAACUUUA